AUGCCACGCCACGUCCUCUCGCACCCUCUAGUCAACGCUCGCCUUUCGAACCUUCGCCUGGCGACGACCAGCGCCAAGGAUUUCCGCGAAGGAAUCCAUGACAUCAGCUUCAUUUUAGGCGUCGAGGCAUCUCGAGAUCUCGAGGAACAAACUUUCGACGGCCAAACGCCAAUCGGUCCCUUCACGGGCUCCAUCAUCAAGCCACGCAUCGGCUUAACCCCGAUUCUGCGGGCGGGCUUGGGCAUGACGGAUGCGCUCCUUACCUUGUUCCCGGCUGCGCCCGUGUAUCACCUAGGACUAUUCCGAGAAAAAGUGAGCUUACAGCCUGUGGAAUAUUAUUCGAAGCUCCCGUCCGUUCCAAAUGUGGACAUUUGCUUCCUCCUAGAUCCACUGGUCGCUACUGGAGGCACAGCAUACGCUGCUCUGACAAUGCUGCUCGAUUGGGGGAUCCCUUUGAAUAGAAUCAAGCUGCUGGUCGUGCUCGGAUCUGAAUCGGGCCUAAGAUAUAUAGAAAGCAGUUAUCCGGGCUUGGAGAUUUGGGUUGCUGCUGUUGACCCGAGCAUUACCCAUGAUGGGCUGAUUUCUCCAGGUUUGGGAGACACGGGGGACCGCCUGUUCCAUACCACGCGUGAAUGAUUCGAGGCAUGGAUCGCUAGCACAGUAGCACUCAUAUGUAAACCCAUGGAUUAGCCAUAGUUGUGAACUGUACAUUAGUGAGGUGGCACGUGACGCGCGAUGAGCUAGUACUCGCAUCAUCGCACACCACGGACAUAAUCGGGCGUGGUCGUCGAGAAAAUAUGCAGCGUCGUUCUCUGUUCUGGUCUCUCAAUCAUGGCAGUAGAAAACAUACCCCGUCAGCCAGCUGCGUCCCCUCCAAAGGGCAUGGACGUUUCACAGAUGUCUGCGUCUGAACUUACAGAGUGGAUCACAU